AUGAAUGGAAAAGAAGUACUUGGGCUUGGAAUGUAUCUUUUUGGGGUUCCUGUCAUUGCCUUUUGCGAUGAUCAUGGGGACGAACAAACCAGUUCGGACGGAGAACCCGACGCUGGCAUCGGCGCACAAGUAUCCAUUGAGGCUCGUCCUCAAGGAGAAGGCGGAAGAAAUCGCCCGGAAUGCGGGCAUAAGCGAGGAGGAAAGGUUGUCCAGUAUCAAAGACGCGUCAAGUAUCUUGCUGAUGUCGACGCACUGGACGAAGAGGCCCGAAUCCCCUUCCUCACGGACUUUAAGAAAAAGAUCGAGAACCUGGAAACCUGGUUCAAGAUCGAUAAAGAAUGUUGGUCAAAGGAUCUGACAGGAAAGAUAGAAACAGGGGAGUUGGCUGAUAAAGAUGGACAGUCAGGAUUGCGUAUGCGUAAUAUAAAUUUGUCGGCCUCGCCAUCGAAAGCGGCUUCCAAUUGCUCGGAAAUUCUCAGCUAUAUGGGGGGCUUGAAUGGUGAGCAAAAACAAUUGAUCAAGAAGUUGGUCAACUUUCGCAUGAAAGAAGGUAAAAGAACAAGAGUUCGUGCUAUUGUUUAUCAAACUUUUCAUCGCCCAGCUCGAACUGAACGCGAUGUAAUCAAACUUAUGGUUGACGCCCUAGAGAAUAUAAAGCCCAUAUGCGAAGUGGAAAAAGUAGUAAUAGCAGGUACUAUUUAUGAUGUCCCUGGGAUUGUAGCCAGGGAUCGUCAGCAAACCUUAGCUAUUCGUUGGAUCCUUGAAGCAGCUUUCAAACGACAUAUAAGUCACAGGAUAAGCUUAGAGAAAUGUUCAUUUGCUGAGAUACUGGAUGCUUACCGAAAGAGGGGAAUUGCACGUAAGAAAAGGGAGAAUCUUCAUGGACUGGCUUCCACCAAUCGAAGUUUCGCGCAUUUCAGAUGGUGGUAA